UUCUCUUUUUUCUUUUCUCCUUUAUUAUCAAUGAAUAUUUCUUCUGUUUUUCACCCUACAGUCAUCACAACAAGCCUGGUAUCGAUUGCAUUAUUUGGGUCAUGGUUUACAUUUUGGCUCAAGACAAAUUUAGCUCGUACAGAACGAGAGCGAGCUUAUGUAUGCACAUUAAUGAGCAGUUCAGUUACCAGUAUAAGCUCAUUACCACUCGUGUUUACGCUGAUAUCAAAUGGUGGUAAUAUGACCGAAAUACUCGCUUACCGUACAUGGACAGUUGUGAUCACUACUUUUUUUAUGACCUUUUUAGUGAUGGAUCUCUGUAUUGGUGUCAUGUUCUAUCGCAACAAAAUUGAAUUACUUACAGGAUGGAUUCAUCACAUUACUUAUUUGGGUACAUUGACAUGGGCUAUUUAUCAGCAAUACACAAGUGUGUUUGUGAUGAUGUGCUGCCUUGAGUUGCCUACGUUUAUCCUGGCUUUAGGUUCAGUUCGUUCUCAAUUGCGCCGUGAUUAUUUGUUUGCUUUGUCUUUCUUGUGUACUCGUAUUGUGUUUCAUUUGUUUAGUAUUUAUUGUGCUUGGAAAAUGAAACCAUUGGGACCAGUGAUGUUGGCAUUAUCUGCGUUUUUCCCUGUUCAUUGUUUCUGGUUUUACGGUAGGUUGCAUUGACGUAUAGUAUAGACAUUGAUUCUGUCAAUAGGUUUUAUCAAACAGCAAAUUAGACUGAGAAGCAAGAAUGCAAUGACAUCUACCCACACGCCUAUUGUGACAAUGAAGCAGAUACCCAUUAAACCAGUUGUUCAGACAGCUUCAGUGAAAUCUGUCAAAACUUCUAUUAGAAAGAAGGUGCAUUCAUCGAAAUACUUGUCUCCUUCAUUUCAUCAAUCACCUCCUGUAUCAGUACAUUAAUAAAUACCAAGAAUGCGCUUAUGCAUAACUAUAAUUUGUCAAAUAAAGACUAGGACAAAUCAAGGUGCAUAAAAAAGAUGUAUCGUUCCAUCAGUGCCUUUCCCCCUCACUAACACUCUAAACAGAAGCUUUACAUCACCCAAGUAAUGGUCAAUAGGAAUAUUUUAGCUGGGUUCAGUUUCAACUGAGUAAAACGGCCCUGAACUACGUAAUAAAGUUUAGUUCAGGAGAAUAUGG